ACCAGCUCACACCACCGUCCAGCAGGGGGCGGUACUGCACCGGAAACUCUUUAAGAAGAAGAAGAAGAAGAAGAAGUCAAACUUUCCGCGGGCUGGAGGAUCUGUUGUUGUUGUUGUUGUUGUGUUUCUGUGUUUUCUCUGGAGAUGUUAUUCGGUUCAGUUUGAAGGACAGGAGGAUCCCCGGUAAGAAGUGAAACGAUGUCUCAGCGGGAUCUGUCUCCAUUCUCUGUGACUCCAGCUGCAGGUUUGCUGUCCAGGUGUGUCUCUAAAGGAACUGUGACUCAGGAGGAGAUUGACUCAGCUUCCUCAAAGCUAAGCCCCGCCUUCUCAGACUUCCUUCAUGAGGCUGAGCAGCGAAUCAGAAUGCAGAGACAGGUGUCCGAGCUGCAGCUGGAGGCGGAGCUUCUGAAGACAGAGAAGAGGAGCGCUGACGUUACACACACCUAUCACCUGACUCGCAGGUUCCACCGACUGCAGGUGUUCUGUGGUCACCUGCAGGACGUCCUGAAGGAGCAGAACGCUCUGCGACAGAGACUGAUGAGACCGCUGGGCCACACCAACCUGCCGGUACAGGCUCACCUGCACAGGUUCGUGGUGGAUUUGGUGUUGAUGUUGCCGGACUUCGUAGAGAUUUUGGAGCAGAACCUGAACUCAGUCCGCUGUAGUCCCGCCACCAGGGACAACCUGGAUCAGCUGGUCAGUCACAUGACAUUGAUGACAUCACUCUUUAAGAUGAUAAAUAUUGUUUUGGUGCAUCUUACUACAUUUGAAUAUCUUAUAAAAUUCAAUUUAUUUCAGUAGUUACAUUUAAACAGUGAACCUCAUAUUAUAUAGAU